AUCCUAUCCUAAUAUUUUUAUAAGAUAUAUUUAUAAUUAACUCUAUUUGAUAAAUUAGAUAAAAUGGAAGUCGAUGAAUUAUUAGCAUAUAAGCCCCCACAAGCACCAAAACGUCCAUUAGAAGAAGAAGAAAGUGAGAAAGAUGAGGUUGAAGUAAGGCAAACUUCAAAAAUGCGUCAUAUGGCUAAAAAAAAAGCUGAACAGAUAAUUCGAUCCUCAGCACCGUUUGCCGAAGAAUCUAGUGUCAAUGAAAAUGACAAAAUAGAUAUUCUCAAAUAUGUUGAAAAUGAAGAACCAGAAGGCGAUGUAUUAGAUGAAGCAGGUUUAAAACGUUUAAUUCUUAUGCUAGAGAAAAGAGUGCUUAAAAAUCAAGAGUUACGAAUUAAAUUUCCCGAGGCUCCAGAUAAGUUUAUGGAAAGUGAAGUUGAACUUCAUCAAACAAUUCAGGAACUGCAUGCUGUUGCCACCACUCCAGAUUUAUAUCCAAUAUUGGUUUCAUUAAAUGCUGUGAAUUCAUUACUAGAAUUAUUAUCUCAUCAAAAUACAGAUAUAGCAGUUGCUGUAGUUGAUCUUUUGCAGGAAAUAACUGAUGUUGAUGUACUUCAUGAAAGUAGAGAAGGCGCCGAUGAAUUAAUAGGAGCAUUAACUGAACAACAAGCUACAGCAUUGCUUGUUCAAAACUUGGAACGAUUGGAUGAAAAGGUAAAAGAAGAAGCUGAAGGUGUGCACAAUACGCUAGCCAUUUUUGAAAAUCUGACUGAAUAUCUGCCAGAAAUUUGUGAUGAUGUGUCUAAACAGGGUUUGCUGGCAUGGUUAUUGAAGCGUUUAAAAUUAAAGGCACCUUUUGAUGCCAAUAAAUUAUAUUGCAGCGAAAUACUUAGUAUUUUAAUACAAGAUUCUCCAGAAAACAGACAAUUAUUAGGAGAUUUGGAUGGAAUUGAUACAUUAUUGCAACAGCUCGCAGUGUAUAAAAAACAUGAUCCAGCUUCUGCAGAAGAACAAGAAUUAAUGGAAAAUUUAUUUAAUUGCUUAUGUAGUUCUUUGAUGCAAACAUCGAAUAGAGAUAAAUUUUUGAAGGGUGAAGGUUUACAACUAAUGAACUUGAUGCUAAGGGAGAAAAAAUUAUCUAGAAGUGGUUCCUUGAAAGUACUAGAUCAUGCUAUGUCCGGCAUUGAUGGAAAAGACAAUUGUUCAAAAUUUGUUGAUAUUUUGGGGCUCAGAUCUAUAUUUCCAUUAUUCAUGAAAACUCCCAAGCAAAAGAAGCGAUUACUCACAGCUAAUGAGCAUGAAGAGCAUGUUGUAUCAAUUAUAUCCAGUAUGUUGAGGAAUUGCAGAGGAUCACAGAGACAAAGAUUACUUUCUAAAUUCACAGAAAAUGAUCAUGAAAAAGUAGACAGAUUACUGGAGUUACAUUUUAAAUAUCUCGAUAAAGUUGAAGAAAUUGAUGCAACGAUUGAACAAAAAAAGACAGCUGCAACAGAUGAGGAUGAUGAUGCAAUAUAUAUGCAGAGGUUGUCGGGUGGAUUAUUUACUUUACAGUUAGUUGAUUAUAUAAUUUUAGAGGUAUGUUCUUCAGGCGCUUCUUCAAUUAAAGCACGAGUAAUGCAAAUUUUAAGCCAGCGAGGUGCUUCAGUUAAAACCAUCCGGCAUGUUAUGAGAGAAUAUGCUGGUAACUUAGGAGAUGCUGGAAGUAGUGAAUGGCGAGAACAGGAGCAACAACAUAUCUUACAACUUGUUGAUAAGUUUUAACAGAAUUUUGUAUGGUAUGGUAUUAGACAGAAGA